AUGUCGAAGAACCGGGUUCCUAUGAUGCUGGGUCUCGCUGCGGUGGGCGCAGGCGGAUACUACCUGUACUCUGCCGGCGGUAAUCCAUCAGCAGCAAAGCAGAAAAUGAAGAUCGACGCCGAAAAGGCACGCGAGAAGAUCCCUGGCACAACCCCCCACGACCACGCCGAAAAGUUUGGCACCGAUGUCGGCAAGGAAGCCGGGUCCAACAUCGAUGAAGCUAUCACUAAGGCCCGUGCUGAAGUCCAGGAGGGCAAGGACAGGCUUGAAGAACUCCGCAAUGAAGCAAAGAGCAAGUUCAAUGCCAACCGGGAGAGGGUCAACAGCAGUAUUGAUCAGGUCGAUCGCGAGGUCGAGCAAAAGGCUGCUGAAGCCAAGGGGGCUGUCUCGGGCUGGCUCGGUGGCAAGAAAUAG